CCUCCAGGACAUGGGGGAACGGCUUCUGGCUGUCCAUUAAAAGUGCUCAGCGCAAAAUCUGUAAACACCAUUCUCUCAGAGGCUCUGGUCAUCUCUGAAACCUGCUAGUGGGGUGCAAAGAGAGCAGAGCCUCAGGGUAAAGAAGGGAAGCCACAGGCACACAAGGGCCACUCCCAGACCCCCAGAGAUGUCACCAUUGCUGCUGCUGUCACCACUCCUGCUGCUGCUGAACUUGGAUCCCACACAGGCCUCGCUGAUCCGGGUCCCUCUUCGCAGAAUGCCUCCUGGACCCAGGACCCUGAACCCACCCAGAGCCUGGGGCUGGGCAGCGGCGGCCCUGGGGCUGGGGGGCCCGGCCCCUAGGGACAAGCCCACCUUGGUGUCUCUCUCCAACUACAUGAACGCCCAGUACUUCGGGGAGAUCGGGCUGGGGACGCCCCCACAAAACUUCUCUGUGGUCUUCGACACCGGCUCCUCGAACUUCUGGGUCCCGUCCAGGACCUGCUCUUUCUUCAGCCUGCCCUGCUGGUUCCACCGCCGAUUCGAUGCCAAAGCCUCCAGCUCCUUCCGGCCCAAUGGGACCAAGUUUGCCAUUCAGUAUGGGACGGGGCGGCUGGACGGGAUCCUGAGUGAGGACAAGCUGACUAUUGGGGGGAUCGCAGGAGCAUCGGUGACUUUUGGAGAGGCUCUGUGGCAACCCAGUAUCGUCUUCACUUUGGGCCACUUUGAUGGGAUUCUGGGCCUCGGUUUCCCCAGUCUGGCGGUUGGAGGAGUUCAACCCCCACUGGACGCUCUGGUGAAGCAAGGGCUCCUGAAGAAGCCAGUCUUCUCCUUUUACCUCAACAGGGACCCUGAAGGGGAAGAUGGAGGAGAACUGGUCCUGGGGGGCUCAGACCCAGAUCACUACGUCCCACCCCUCACCUUCAUACCUAUCACGAAGCCCACUUACUGGCAGAUCCGCAUGCAGCGUGUGCAGGUGGGCACAGGGCUGACUCUGUGUGCCCAGGGCUGUGCUGCCAUCCUGGACACAGGAACCUCCCUCAUCACAGGGCCCAGUGAGGAGAUCCACACCCUGCAUGCCACCAUUGGGGGAUUUCCUCUCUUCACAGGGCAGUACCUCAUUCACUGCUCCAGGGUCCCAGUGCUCCCCCCUGUCUCCUUCCUCCUUGGUGGGGCCUGGUUUAACCUCACAGCCCAGGACUAUGUCAUCCAAAUUUCUCAGGGUGGCUUCCGCCUCUGCUUGUCUGGCUUCCAGGCCUUGGAUGUGCCUCCGCCUGCAGGUCCCCUCUGGAUCCUCGGCGACGUCUUCCUGGGGACCUACCUGGCUGUCUUCGAUCGCGGGGACUCGAACGCGGGAGCCCGCGUAGGCCUCGCGCGCGCGCGUUCUCGCGAGGCGCAGCGGCGAGGCGGAAAUGCGCACGCGUAGUUCGCGCCCCCCCUCCCCCCGCCCGACCCCCGUCUCCCCUCGGGAGCGCCCAGGCUAAGCACAUGCGCGCCGGGUUGCAUCUGCUCAGUAAAUAUCUACUAUUUUCAUUGAAUGAACCUGCCGGAGUUUCUUCU